AUGAUUUUUAGAAGCCGGGCAUUUCUUAAGUUUACUUCUUCUUCCUUGAAAGGAGCUCAAUUCUCCACAAGCACGGCUGCUUCUCAAGCAAAAAGUCGAUUCCAACCCUAUGCUCAAAAAUUAGCAGGUGCUUUUGAACCUGCUACUUAUUGGGCCUCUGUCGGUAAGGAAUUGUUCCAACAAAUUUACCAUUCUCAAAAAAUGGCCAAUCCUUCCAAAGCUCAUUCUCCAUUCUUAUUCUGGAAAAGUCAAUCUUCUGAAACAUGGGGUCGUAACUUUUACUUAAGCGUUGAAUUGCUUGGUAUUUUUUGCGUUGGUCAAAUGGUUGGCCGCAGAAAGGUCACCUCUUAUGGCCAUUAA